AUGACAGAUUGCACCUACAGCCAUCAUAUAAAAUGGAUGAGGGAAGCAAUCAAAGUUGCAGAAUCAGCUCUUGAAGUUCCAGAGGUACCUGUUGGCUGUAUUUAUGUUCAUGAUGGAAAAAUCAUCGGCAAGGGCUUUAAUGCCACCAAUAUCACAUUGAACGGCACACGACAUUCGGAACUAGUGGGAUACGACAUGAUACGACAAACGUAUGGGGAGAAAACCAAGCAAAUAUUUCGGGAAACAGAUCUGUAUGUGACAGUUGAGCCUUGCAUAAUGUGUGCAAGCUUUCUUCGACAAAUGGGGAUACGAAAAGUCUUUUUCGGGUGUGGAAAUGAGCGAUUCGGUGGGAAUGGUUCUAUUUUGAGUAUCAACACUGACAUGCCGAGCAGAGCGGAUGAAAAUAUACAUAUAGACACUCCAUAUAUUGCCUAUCCUGGUAUCCUUAACAGAGAAGCAAUUAUUCUCCUAAGAAAGUUCUACAUCAAGGAGAAUAAGAAAUCACCCAAUGCCAAUAACAAAAAGCACCGCCGACUAGAUCUGCAGAAUUUCCCAAUGAUAGAAUACAGCAAAUACAUCACCCGGAAACAGUUUACGAAUUUGUUUGGUGAAGAAAAUGGAUGGAUAUACGAUAAUAACGAGUUUAUGGAUUUUGACGAUAACAACAGGAUAACCAAUGUAAACACAGAAAGAGAUUCGAAGAAGAUGAAACUGGACUCAUGA